AUGGUCGCCGUCUUCAACAAGGACGUCCUGAGCUGGUACCUCAUCACGAUCAAGCUCAGGGAGGCCGUCGACGCCAACCUCCAGAAGUCCCCGCCGCCGAGGGACCUGCCGCUGCGGCUCACGAAAAGCGACGCGUCGCCGCCGCCGCCGCCGCCGCCACCGCUCCAGCGCCAGUCGGAACAGGACCGGCCGGCCGCCACCAGGUCGCGGGCGCUGUCCCCGGCGCACAGCCCCAAGCCGCAGGACUCGGAAUGGGUGAUCGCUAUCCGCGGGAAGCUGGCGCAGGCGCGCGCCGAGGAGGCGGUCUGCCCCUGGGCGCGCCUCUCCGUGUACCGCGUGCCCAAGUGCCUCCGCGACGGCGACGAGCGCGCCUACACGCCGCAGGUGGUGUCCAUCGGCCCGCUCCACCACGGCCGGCGCCGCCUGCGGGAGAUGGACCGCCACAAGUGGCGCGCGCUGCACCACGUGCUCAAGCGCACGGGCCACGACGUCACCGUCUACCUCGGCGCCGUGCGAGCGCUCGAGGACCGGGCGCGCUCCUGCUACGAGGGCCGCGCCGCCGGGAUGGGGAGCAACGACCUCGCCGAGUGCCUCGUGCUGGACGGCACCUUCGUGCUGGAGCUCUUCCGCGGCGCGCCGGACGGCGGGAAGGGCUUCGUCGACGACCUCGGGUACUCGCGGCACGACCCCAUCUUCGCCAUGCGCGGGGCGAUGCACGCCGUGCGCAACGACAUGAUCCUGCUCGAGAACCAGGUGCCCCUCUUCGUGCUCGACCUCCUGCUCGGGAUCCAGCUCGGCAACCCGGAGCAGACCGUCGCCAGCCUCGCCGUGCGGUUCUUCGACCCGCUCAUGCCCACCGACGCGCCGCUGCUCCGUAAGGACCGGUCUAAGCUGGAGUCGUCCGUCGGCGCCGACGCCACGGCGGCGUUCGACCCGCUGUCGGGCCCGAUGCUCCACUGCCUCGACGUGUUCCGACGAAGCCUCCUGCGUGCCGGCCUGCAGCCCACGCCGCCACCGCCCGUGCGGCUGUGGCCCAAGAAGUGGUCCGGGCUGCGGCGGGUGGCCGACAAGCGGCGGCAGCAGUUCGUGCACUGCGUGUCGGAGCUCCGGGAGGCAGGCAUCAGGUGCCGGCGCCACAACACGGACCGGUUCUGGGACAUCAAGUUCGACAACGGCGUGCUCCAGAUCCCGCGGAUCCUCAUCCACGACGGCUCCAAGCUGCUGUUCCUCAACCUGAUCGCGUUCGAGCAGUGCCACAUGGACAUCGCCACCCCGGGCGGCAACAACAUCACCUCCUACGCCAUCUUCAUGGACAACCUCAUCAACUCGGCCGAGGACGUCAAGUACCUGCACGACCGCGGCAUCAUAGAGCACUGGCUCGGCAGCGACGCCGAGGUGGCCGACCUCUUCAACCGCCUCUGUGAGGAGGUGGUGUUCGACAUCAACGACAGCUACCUCUCCGGGCUGUCGGACCAGGUGAACAGGUACUACGACUACAAGUGGAGCACGUGGGUGGCGAGCCUGCAGCACAACUACUUCAGCAACCCAUGGGCGAUCGUCUCCGUCGUCGCUGCUGUGUUCCUGCUGCUGCUCACCAUGGCGCAGACCUUCUACAGCGCCUAUAGCUACUAUCGUCCACCCCAAUAA